GUCCUCCAUAGGGAACGCAGGCACCUUCUGUAGAUAAAACAAGAAGCACGCAUGAACUGUUACGUAUUUCAUCUCGUUUACGUUACCUUAUGCUGUCUUGAUGUCCUACAAGCUGGUACUGUUUGUCUUUGCACUCGUCCGGACCAGAGAUGUGCAAGAUGUUGCAGGUCAGAGUGCCACCGCGGACCUCAGAGGUACCGCCAUCUUACCCUGCAAGCUAACACGGAAACUAACAACAGACGAGGUCCUUGAACAGAUUUCCUGGCAGAGAAAGACGAAAGGAAAACCGCAGACGGACAAUUUCUUGACCAUCACGAAAGAGAAAGAUAAUUUUGUUAACGGACACGAUAAGAGAUUUCAGCGUAUUGGGACAUUUGCUGACAACAAUGGGACUCUCCGGCUCUCUGACGUAAACCUGCAGGAUGAUGGAACCUACUCUUGCAUCUUUUCCAUUUUUCCUACCGGAACUGUCAGGAUGGAUAUACCUCUACAUGUUCUUGUAACUCCAAAAACAAGCAUAGACGAUGCCCUACCCAGACUUGGAGAAGCAGAGGUUCCUCUUGCGACCUGCACCUCUGCUGGCUCCAAGCCGCCUGCCAAGGUGGCUUGGGACACCGGUGCUCUCAAAGACAAAGUGAGAGCGACAAACAACUCAACUUUACAUGACAACGGCACAACCACCACAGUCAGCACGCUGAUGGGAAAGCCCACCAAAGAAAUCUACAGACGUCGGCUCCAGUGUGUCAUCUCCACCGAGAAACUAAACACAACCAUAUCCUUCGAAAUACAGAUCUACUUCUGUUGUAGAUGGGAAGGCUGUGGUAUUUCCUGCAGACUUUAUAUGAAUGCAUCAGGGACCAACCAGAGGGACAUAAAAACAGGAGAAAAAAAGGCAGAUCCACCUCUGGAGGUGAACAUUACAGAAGGACCAAUGAAGGACCAGGUUACAUGUGAGGCUGAUGCAAACCCAAAGGCAGACAUUACCUGGCACAGGUCAGACAACCCUCUGCUUCCAUCCGUCACAGCAGAGGGGGCAACGCUGACGUUUAAAAGCAAGACCUCUGAUCUGACAACUGGCUCCUACCAGUGUAAGGCGAUUAACAGAUAUGGAAGCAAGGAAAGCACACUCUAUGUUCAACACCGAGGAAGCUGCAAAGAUGGUUGGAUCGCUUUUUCUCUUCUUCUGGCCAUUGUGGCUAUUAUGGCCAUUGUUGCUGCGGUCGCUCUGUACAAACAUGGAGUUCUGAAACUCCCGAGACUUUUAGUGUUUGAAAGAGAACAGGUACCAACAUCUUCACCAGCAGAACUUGCUGGUGAAGAUGUGCCAGACCAUAGGGAAGGAGGGACAUCAAGGCAACAAAACGCUGAAGUAUAGACCUGACCAUCUUUGACAGAGGUUCAAGCAACACUUCUGGAGUUCAUGUUGGGUUUUCACCAUUGCCAUGUAGGAUGUUUUGUGUUAAAUCAGUCCCUGAUUAUUUACCAGGUAAGAUGCCAGAUGCUUGACAAUUAAUUGACAAUUAACGCCAAAUAGUGCUGAUGCUGAAUGUAGGACUUUAUUGCCUCCUGUGGAAUAACAUUUCACUUUGUUGUACGCCAAAACAAAUUCCUUGUAUGUCCAAAAACGUACUUGGCAAUAAUGCUUUUCUGAUUCUGAUUCUAAAACAAGCACAAUAUCUGGCCCACCUUAGAAGAGGACAAUUUUGUAAGGCCCUUUCCAUACGUUGGUGUGUGAAGGAUGUGGGUUUAACUGUGAAGAAUGGUGGUUUAUUCAGGAAGGAAAUUGGCUAAACUGUAGUGAAUUAUGUAGCUGUUUUCCUACUAACGCAUUUGUUUCCAAUGAGUGUUUAGUGUGUGUAAGCACUAAUUUGUGCUAACUACAGUUUUUCAUUUGUUUUUACCUCAAUUGAUAUGGAGGUAAAUUUGUCUCAAUAUUAUUCAAUCAAACAAAAAACUAAUCUCAAUCAAAAAAACCUAAUCUCAAUCAAAAACAUAAAUUGUG